GUUGCCGUAUAUAUAAGGUUUCUGCCACAUUUUCUUCCUUUGUGAUAAUGUCGGCUGAAUAUGAAGAUAGACCUCCCAGAGACAAUGGCCCAGAGGGCAUGGAGCCAGAUGGGAUCAUUGAGAGCAACUGGAAUGAGAUCGUGGACAGUUUUGAUGAGAUGAACUUGGGUGAAAAGCUACUCAGGGGAAUCUAUGCUUAUGGUUUUGAGAAACCUUCUGCCAUCCAGCAGAGGGCCAUCCUCCCUUGUAUCAAGGGUUACGAUGUGAUUGCACAGGCUCAGUCUGGUACUGGGAAGACCGCCACCUUCGCCAUCUCCAUCCUGCAGCAGAUUGACAUUGAGCUGAAGGGCACCCAGGCCCUGGUCCUGGCCCCCACCAGAGAGCUGGCUCAGCAGAUCCAGAAGGUCAUCUUGGCCCUCGGCGACUACAUGGGUGCCUCCUGCCACGCCUGUAUCGGUGGGACCAACGUCCGUAAUGAGGUCACCAAGCUUCAGGCUGAGGCCCCCCACAUAGUAGUGGGGACCCCCGGUCGUGUCUUUGACAUGUUAAACCGCAAAUAUCUAGCCUCCAAGAACAUAAAGAUGUUUGUGCUCGACGAGGCCGAUGAGAUGUUGAGCCGAGGGUUCAAGGACCAGAUUUAUGAGAUCUUCCAGAAGCUUCCCACUAGUACACAGGUGGUGCUGCUGUCUGCCACCAUGCCCCAAGAUGUGCUGGAGGUCACCAAGAAGUUCAUGCGUGAGCCGAUCCGCAUCCUGGUCAAGAAGGAGGAGCUGACCCUGGAGGGCAUCCGUCAGUUCUACAUCAACGUGGAGAAGGAGGAGUGGAAACUGGACACCCUAUGUGACUUGUACGAGACCCUGACCAUCACCCAGGCUGUCAUCUUCAUCAACACCAGGAGGAAGGUAGACUGGCUCACUGAGAAGAUGCACGCCAGGGACUUCACUGUCUCUGCUCUGCAUGGAGACAUGGACCAGAAGGAGAGAGACCUGAUCAUGAGAGAGUUCCGGUCGGGCUCCAGUAGAGUCCUCAUCACCACUGACCUGCUGGCCAGAGGUAUUGAUGUCCAGCAGGUGUCCCUGGUCAUCAACUAUGACCUGCCCACCAACAGGGAGAACUACAUUCACAGGAUUGGUCGGGGGGGUCGUUUUGGCCGAAAGGGUGUUGCCAUCAACAUGGUGACUGAGGAGGACAAGCGUACGUUGAGGGACAUCGAGACGUUCUACAACACCACUGUUGAGGAGAUGCCCAUGAAUGUGGCUGACCUCAUCUAGAGCUCCAUAUUCUAGAAGACUCCAUUCUGCCCCAGUCCCUUACCCCCCCAUACCCUUUCCAUGCCCCAUCAGCUUCAAAUGUCCCUUCUAAUAAGGAUUCAUUCAAUCCUGUCCCCCUUCCCACCUUGUGAUCCUUUUCAAUCUCUCCACCUCUUGACCUGUGAUCCAAUUCCAUUUCGCUUGUGAUACCUGUCCCUGAUCUACUGGUGGUCUAACCCAAUACAAAUGAUUUUAUGCUCUUAAUUGUGGGGGUCCUGUCUUGUCCUCAGACCAUUAUGAGUCUGAAGUUUAGCCCAUUUGUCUUUAGUCCUAUCUGACCCCACCACACCACCUUGGUCUUUCCAAAGUAAAAAACCAAUAGAAGCUUCUUGGCAUGUCCAGCUCAACUCCUUUACAUGUUGGUGACUGUUAGUUGGAGCGGAGUUUAGAGCGAAUGCUUGAUUGUUAGGAAGACUACCCCUUAAGGGUGGGUUUUGGGGUGCGUCUUUCCAUUAUGGGUAGUGUGGUCAUUCUGUUUAAUUUGACUCAGUACCAGCAUUUCCUAGUAUGGUUGGUUUAUAAUCUCCAUACUUAUCCCCCCCAAUCCAUGCAACUUAGUGGCAUUUGUGAGUGUGGGUGGGAAGUGACUUGGUGUUUUUGGCAAACUGGCUGCAUCUUAUUCCGCACCCCAUACUCUGUAUGGCACCUUAGACAAUAGGGAGCUGUUGGGACACUUUACAUUUGUGGUUUGAGCUUCAGUCAGUGGGUGUUGCUCAUUAAGUGUGACUGAAACAAUGGACCUUUUUUGGUUUUGAGAUGUUCAUACAUAAAUGUCUACCUGGACCGUACUUACAUAAGACUACAACCAUGUAUCAAACAGAAAUUGGUAUCUAACCUCUUGAGGUGGAGUUUAAAGGGGCGUCACCCAUCUUCAACAAAUAAAAAAAUGUAUAGUAAACACGUGAUCAUGAAUGACUAUGACAUGUUUUCCCCUUGAUCUUUAUCUGAACUCUGCUGUGCUAUUCUCUUGUUUAUACUUCAGCUUUAUCUUGUAUAGUCCAAGUUGUGAGGUAGCAUUUAUUUUAGUCAGUCCUGCCUGUUAUUGGGGUGCAGGGCAAAACGGCUCAAGGCAGAAUAGGAUGUGGAGGAUAUUGCUCUCCAUGCCUUGUUUCAAACUGUCAUGAACCCUGCUAUGGGGAUUUCAAAGGCUAGGUCUUGUUUUCUUUGAUCUUUCUUUGCAGAAAUAUCCAAUUUGCAAGGGUGGUGUCUCUUUUGUAACCUACCUCACCAAACAACUCUGUUGGAGGGGUCUUUACACAUAAAGGACCAAACUACAAAUGAUUGAGUAUAUAGAGAUACUAUAAUAUUAUGUCUGUCUUUUUUUAUUUUUUUUUCACAGUUUAAAAAAUUGCCUGUCAUUUGGGAGGGAGGGAUGGGUUAGAGGGAUUGUGGGAGUUUAUUGGUUGGUCAGUGCUAUUUUUUAAAUGAAUUUAUUAAAGGAUGUGAUGAAUUGUUAACUUUUUUCAAGACAGAGGCCGUGUAUCAACUUUUCUACAUUGGGUUCUGUAUAGUAUUUAUUUUAAUGGUCUUAAAUAAAAUAAAGGCAUUUCUCCUUUUUAACAAGUAAA